UCAGUUUUUUUAUUUACAAAUGUAAUUUCUGAGUUCAGAUUACAAAGUGAGUGCAAAGGUUGAAGACACAGCUGUCACUGAUGAAUGUAACAAAAGUACAGAUAUACCAUGCUUGAAAGAAAGUCUCCAAUCUCCAAUUCAAGAAACCAAAUCAGGCAACAGACGCUGUGAAACACAACUGACAACCACAGUACAUAGCAAACAUAAAACAAACCCUGCUGAGACAAUUGUUCAAGCACACCCAGCUCUGUUGACAAGUCCCUUUAGGUCUGAUGAUUACGAAAACUUUGAACUAGGUCAAGAUGAGAAUACCCGUCCGAAAGUUAUUGAUGAUAAUACAGAAUUUGAAUAUACAAUGACAGACAGAGAUUCAUCAGCAUUCAUGAGUGUUGCAGGUUGCUCAGAUUCUUUUGUUUCAGUAGGACAAAGUAAACUUGAUUCAGAUUCACAUUUUAUAGGAACAUCUGAAGGCGACAAAAAGUCAGAUCAUGUUAUGAUAAAAGAGAAUACAUUCAAAUCAUUACAGGUGGACAAAGCUCCUGAAAAUGAAGGACAUAUACCAAAACAUUCAUCUUUACCUCAUAAUCAGGAAUAUUACCCUCCAGGUCCUUUAUCUGAAUAUAGCAAAGCAGAUCGAGUUCCGCCGUUUUCUGUACAAGGAAUCAAAUAUCAAGGUGCAGAUUCAUCGAAUGAUAUUUGUAACAAACACGACGAGGAAAUUUCGUCAGUGUUACCCACGGACAGUGGUGAUGUAAAUUUUCGUCAGGCGUCUACGUCUCAUUCACAACAAACAAAAUCCGAAGUUACUACGGAAACAGAAAAUACACCUCAAAGCUUAGAGCCCGGGUCAAAUAUAGAGGAUGAGAAUUAUACAUAUGAAAACAUCACGUUUUUCGAAAACAAAGAGCAAAAUAAAGUCUCUGUUAAUGAAAACGAAACAAAAAGAGGCAGUAACAGCAGUACAAAUAGUACAUCUAGUUCAGGUAGUAGUACGGAUAGUGUCACGUAUGAAAGCCCAGACGAGGGUGCACAUGAUGAAAAAAAGAUGGUCUUUCGAGAAGAAGAAUAUUAUUGCGAACGCCCGAAAGACAUUAAAAGAAAUCUUCAAAACAAUCCUCCUGGGACAUUUCUUAUUUGCAAUAUCAGAUCCGAGCAGGUGUUGUGCCUGGUCACCGAUAAAGGCAUCAAGCGUUUCAUCAUUCAUCGACAAGGGGAGAAACUAUCGCUUUUCAAAGACUUUUCCUUUCCAGAAUACACCUUUCCCGAUCUGAAUAAAUUACUCAGGUAUUACCAUAUGUACGAAUUGCCCUCUAAAAACUUUAAAGUGAGACUUGAACGAGCAUACAAAUCUGACAAAGAAGAUUAAAUGAAUAAAAAGAAACUAUAAAGUCAACUUAUCGGAUAAUAAUACCUAAUACUUGUAAAGACAAACGAUAUACGAUACACAUGUGUGCUAACUGAGUAUAUGCUCUGAAUCUGAAAACGAUACAGGUUGAGAGAUAUUUAUUUCUUUAAGUUACAGAUACUAAAUGGAAAACUUGUACAUAAUUAUGAAUUUAAAAAAAAGCUUUAUUAAGAUGUAUAAUGUGUUAAUAAAUGAAAAUUGAAGCAAAUACAGUCUAAAGCUUAAAACGGAUAACAAAUCUCGCUACAGUACUAAAUGGAUUCAUACAUUUAACUGCAGCGCUAAAUGCAUUCAUAAAUUGAUUCAACGAACAGUAUUAGAUUUAUGAAGUAUAUGGAGUUAUAAAAUAAUGACUUAUUACAAAUAAUGAUGAACGUUUUUAUUUGACAACAACAACAACAAAGACAAUAGACAAUAGAAGCUCCACGUUUCUUUAAAAGGUUGUUAUGUGUAUCAAGACCUUGACAAAAAGAUAAAACAGUUCCGGUAAGAAAAUGAUGGCAUACCAUUUGCAAAAAAAGAGAUACACUGGACUAUUCUCACCCUUUUGUCAAGCUCACGACAAUCACUUUUUUAUUAAUGUUUUCACCUUAUUUGUGAAUAAUUAUGUAACAUAUUAUAUAAAUGGUUAAAUGUGGCUCAUUAAAAUACCUGCAUUGUGAUUUAAUGAAAUAUAGCUAUUUACUUGAUUGAUGGUCUUUUUAAAUCAUUACAUCAUCAAAUUAA